GAGAGAGAGAGAGAGAGAGAGAGAGAGAGAGAGAGAGAGAGAGAGAGAGAGAGAGAGAGCAAACCAUUUCAGAAUACAAGCCAUAGACCCACCUCGCCAGCGCCGCCUUCUGCCAGCCAGCUUGCGCAUGGCCGAGGCUAGGGGACCGAAGAGGGUGUGCAGGAGUGCCGUGAGAUGUUUCAUCUCAGCACAGUGCCCAUAUACAUAAAAAAAAAAAAAAGGACUCAGUUUUAUUCCCAUCUAAAAGUUAGUGCUCUUACACACGAGGACACUAGUGUACGCCACCGGUGUCGGACACUAGUGUCUUUGCUCAAGACACCGCCUGGCAACUAGUGAGCCACUCACACACCUCAGUCGGAAGAAUGGCGGGAAACGAAGAGCUUCUACUUGUUGCUUUGCUGGCCAAAAAGAAAUCGAAGAGGCGCUCUGUAGAGAGGAAGGUGCAUGUACAUCCCAUAUUGUCAUCAAGAAUGAACACAGGAGCGCAUCAUACACUUUUCAAUGAUUUGUGUGCUGAUGAAAAGAAGUUUUUCAACUAUUUUCUUAUGAGCAGGCCGUCAUUUGAAGAACUUCUCAGCUACGUGAGGAGAGACAUCACAGGAACUACCACAAACAUGAGAGAAUGCAUUGCACCAGACGAGAAGCUUGAUGUAACUUUGAGUGGAAAACUGGUGAUGGCUGUGGAGGCUGGUAGAUGGGAGGUGCCUGAUGCUGAAAGUGCUGUGGCCAUUGUUGGUACACCUGUUGAGCCUGGUAAAUGGUAUCUGGCCACCGGUGACACCAUAACUGAUCUCCAAUACCAGUACAGACUAGGCGUAUCUACCAUCGCGAAAAUCAUCCGGGAAGUCUGCAAGGCUAUUUGGGAAAGAGUGAAGACAGUUUGUUUUCCUGAUGUGACAGAAAGACUUUGGUUGGAAAUUGCAGCUCAGUUUUACCAAAAGACUGAUUUCCCUCAUUGUCUUGGUGCCUUAGAUGGGAAACACAUCAGGGUAAUCAAACCAGAGAAUAGUGGUUCUUUGUAUUAUAAUUACAAGAACUACUUUUCGAUUUUGCUUCUUGCUGUAUGCGAUGCAUCACACAAAUUCAUAUUUAUUGAUGUAGGUGCAUAUGGGAAGUCUUCUGACUCAACUGUGUUCAAGGAGAGUAAAUUUUUCAGGAAACUUGAAAAUCAAACCCUGAAUGUUCCUGCUCCACAAGAAUCGUACUCAGGCUUUGGAACACCCAUGCCUUUUGUAUUUGUGGCUGACGAAGCUUUUGGACUAUCCCAACACAUUGUGCGCCCAUAUGCUGGUAAAUUUUUGAGUCAAAAGAAACGCAUCUUCAAUUACAGACUUUCACGAGCCCGCAGACUCAUUGAAUGCUCAUUUGGAAUCCUUGCAAACAAAUGGCGCAUCUUCCAUCGACCACUCAAUGUAAGCCUAUCACUGGCAGAGGACAUCAUCAAGGCGUGUUGUGUUUUGCAUAAUUUUGUAAGAGACAGAGAUGGCGUUCGAAUUGAGGAUACUUUAACCGUGGAAGGGCUCUUUGAUAUGGAACCUGCUGCAGGGCCAACUUCAAGACUUGCCAGCCAUUUGAGAGACAAAUUUGCGGACUACUUUGUCAGUGACUAAGGUGCACUUCCAUGGCAGUUACAACGUAUCUAGACAAUGGUGUGGGUGGUGACAUGGUGUGGUGGUGUGGGUGGGUGGUGGUGACAAGGUGUGGCUGAUGACAUGGUAUGGUGACGUGGGUGAAUGGUGGUGACAAGGUGUGGGUGAUAACGUGGUGUGGUGGUGUGAGUGGGUGGUGGUGACAAGGUGUGGGUAGGUGGUGGUGACAUGGUGUGGUGGUGUGGGUAGGUGGUGGUGACAUGGUGUGGUGGUGUGUGUAGGUGGUGGUGAC